AUGGAGGUCCCAUUGGGCGCUGCCUUGCUAGAAGAAAUUUUUAUCAAUACUUCAAUUCCUCCGUCAACCUUGCUUCGAGAUAUUGAUGUAUCCUACUUUGAGUCAUUAUCCACGUCCUUUGGCAAAGAUACAUCACCCUUGCCUCUACCGGAUGUGCACCAUGCUCUUAACCACAGGCCAUGGGAAUCACUACCUCACAUCAAGGACAAAUUCGACCAAACCGUUCUGCAUAGCACCACAGAGCCUCAGUCGGAAGCGAUUGUACCUCUUCAGCCUUUGGUAGCAACGCCCAGCACGUCUUUGGAACCAUAUCCACAGUGUUCUAAAAGAUCUAAGAAGAGUUCGGCUAUAGCUGGCAGUAAGUCACCAGUACCUUCCUCUGGGAAAUGGGAUUCUAUAGAGCUUAAACGUGCUCGAAAUACCGAGUCUGCUCGCAAGUCACGCGCUCGCAAACGUGAACGUCAAGAGGAAAUGGGGCGCCGGAUUGUGGAGCUUGAGAAAUUGCUUGGGGAGACCCAGAAGCGUGAGCUAUAUUGGAAAUUUAUUGCUGAAAGCCGGGGAAGUCCCUACAUGAACACGCUACAUCAUCUUUAG